CAGAGAUUUAACGGAGAUUACGGAUCGCUUAAUUAAAGAAUAAUAAAACCAUCGGAGUUGGAGGCUUGAAGCGAGAGCCCACAGAGGCGAGAUAUUUUCUAACGUGCACACCACAAGGUCUUAUUUUAAUCUAGAUCUGCUCAACUUUGGCUACCAAGUCCAAUCUUACUCGGUUACUCCCAUAUAAUAAUAAUAAUAAUAAGCUGAGACUUCAUAGAUAAAGGACAAGGAGAAAAAAAAAAGUUAUUUCGACAGGAUUUAUGGCUGAUUCAAUUAUAUCAUUGGGUGUUGAAAAGCUUUGGGAACUCGUGAGCCAAGAAUAUGAGCUAUUCCAGGGAGUUGAAGAGCAAAUUACUGAGCUAAAAGGUGAUCUGAACAUGUUAAUGGCCUUUCUAUAUGAUGCGGAUUCAAAGAAACAAACACGUGCACUUGCGAGAAACUGCCUGGAAGAGAUAAAGGAAAUCACCUAUGAUGCUGAGGAUAUAAUCGAAACCUUUCUCUUAAAAGGCAGUGGGAUCAAGAGUCACAUGAAAAGUCUUGCUUGCUUUUCAGGUGGUCGUAGGGAGAUUGCCUUGGAAAUCACAAGCAUCAGUAAGAGGGUCUCCAAGGUUAUCAAAGUUAUGCAGACUUUAGGCAUAAAAUCAGACAUUAUGGACGGUGGAGACUCACAGGCUCAACUAAAAAGGCAACGGGAGACGCGUCAUACAUUUUCUAGUGAACCUGAAAGCAAUCUUGUUGGUUUGGAGAAAAAUGUUGAUAAAUUGGUUGAAGAAUUGGUGGAAAACUAUAGCACUCAUGGGGUAUCUGUAACUGGAUUGGGUGGUCUUGGCAAAACCACCCUUGUGCGGCAGGUUUUUAAUCAUGAUAGAGUAAAAGAUCAUUUUGAUGGACUUGCAUGGGUGUGUGUAUCACAAGAGUUUACACGCAAGUAUGUGUGGGAGACAAUCCUGAAGAAUCUUAGUCAUGGAGAUUACGUUGCUGCUAUCAAGGAAGAUGAACUACAAAAGAGUCUUAUCUCUGAAGAUAAAUCUAAUGAUAUCAACAUAUCACUAAAUAAAAAGAUAUCUGAUAUGAAUGAAGACGAACUUCAGGAGAAACUCAUUCAAUUGUUGGAAACCAAAAAAACUUUGAUCGUCUUUGAUGACGUAUGGACUAGGAAAGACUGGGACAUAAUAAAGCCAAUGUUUCCAGAGAGAAAAGCUGGUUGGAAGGUGAUGCUCACUUCUCGCAAUGAUGAUGUACAUCCACAAUGUGUCUCCUUUAAGCCAAAAGGCCUUACUCUUGACGAAUGUUGGAAACUUUUACAAAUGAUAGCAUUUCCUAAGAACGACACAACUGGAUAUAUAAUUGAUAACGAAAUGGUAGUUAUGGCUAAGGAGAUGAGAAAACAUUGUGGAGGACUACCAUUGGCUGUGAAAGUGUUAGGAGGGUUGUUAGCUGCCAAACACACAUUGCGUCAGUGGGAAAUGAUAUAUGAGAAUAUUAAACAUCACAUUGUGGGAGGAAUUAGUUUUAGUGAGACCGAUGGUUGUUCGGUUAAACAUGUUCUAUCUUUAAGCUUUGAAGGAUUACCUAGUUAUUUGAAACACUCCUUACUCCACUUAGCCUCUUAUCCAGAAGAUCACAAAAUAUCGUUAGAGAAAGUAUCUUAUGUGUUGGCUGCAGAAGGAAUAACAAAGCCUAUGGAGUACGAGGGAGCUACCAUUCGAGAUGUUGUAGAUCUCUACAUAGAAGAGUUAGUGAAGAGAAAUAUGGUUAUUUCUGAAAGGAACAUGUUGACUUGGAGAUUUGAAACUUGUCAGUUGCAUGAUUUGAUGAGAGAGAUUUGUUUGUUAAAAGCUAAGGAAGAGAAGUUUUUACAGAUUGUCACUGAUCCAGCAUGCAGAUCAAGUGUACACUCUCAAACUUGUAGCAAAUCACGUAGACUCGUAGUGUACUGCACAGAUACUUUUAAUGGAGAGAGGCAGAUAAAAAAUUCCAAACUUAGAUCUCUCUUGUUUAUUCGAGUUGGGAAUGGGUUUUCUUAUUCUAUAGGAUCAAACUUCAUGGUGUUACAAUUGUUGAGGGUUUUAGAUCUUAGUGACGUUGAUUUCAAGGGAAGGAAGUUACCCUCUAAUAUUGGAAAGCUCAUCCACUUGAAGUAUUUGAGUUUAGCUGGGGCAUCUUUAUCUCAUCUACCUUCAUCUUUGCGGAACCUGAAGUCGCUGCUCUAUUUAAAUCUAAAAAUAGUUUCUGGUCUGACCAACAUGCCCAAUGUCUUUGAAGAUAUGUUAGAACUGAGAUACCUCUGUUUACCAUUCAGAACACCUGGUAGGACCAAGUUAGAAUUGGGUAAUCUACUCAAAUUGGAGAAGCUAAUGAACUUUUCAUCAGAUCAUAGCAGUCUGACGGAUCUUCACGGUAUGACAAGGCUAAAGAGUCUCUCAAUCUAUAUCAGUGGCAAAGAAGGGUGGGCUAUGGAAACUCUAUCUUCAACUCUAAGUAAAUUGGGACACUUGGAAAAUCUUUCUAUAGAUUCCACGCCUUUCGUUAAUUCAAAACUACCGAUGUUGAUGAGGUAUAACCCAAAGUUACCUGACGUGCAACACUUACCUUCCCAUCUUACAACCAUAUCUCUAGAACGUUGUUGCUUGGUGGAGGAUCCAAUGCCGAUACUAGAGAAGCUACUACAACUAAAGCAGGUUGUUAUAGAGUAUAAAGCUUUUGUUGGAAGGGUAAUGGUUUGCUCGAGCGGUGGAUUUCCUCAACUGCACACGCUUAAAAUAGUUGGAUUAGAAUGGUUGCAAGAGUGGCUAGUGGAAAAAGGCUCCAUGUCACGUCUUCAUACUCUCACUAUGGAUAUGGAGCCAAUGUUCAAGAAACUUCCAAAUGGGCUUAGAUUUAUUACUUCGUUAAAAGAACUGACUCUCAGCACAAAAGAAAGAGGAUUUGAGAAGAAAGUUGCCAAAGGAGGAGAAGAUUACCGAAUAGUCAAUCACAUUCCACUUAUUCGAAUUCGCUCUCCAACAACACACGGGCAGGUAAUAUAUUCUAAUUUCCCCAGUCCAAUUACCUGUGAAACUAUUUCAUAACGAGGAUGAGCCGACUUCAUUGUUUGAUGCAAAACAAAACUGAUUGUAUGGAAAGUGAAUCGUAAUGUUUUUUUUUUUUUGGUUUUUGUUGGUUCUAGCUA